UAACACUACUAUAUAUUUUUCUUAUGAUACAUGUUCUGAUUCUUCAACAUUUUUUCAACACAAAAUCGAGACACUAAAAAAUAUACGAUAUAAAGAUUUAUAACGCGCACAAAAUAUUUAUUAAUCAAAAAAAUUUACGUUUUUCUUGUCGUUUAAUCUUUCUUCUUACAUAGUUCGAAUGUCUUACACAAGGUGUCAGUUGGCUUCAGAUAUCAAAAUUUAAAUAUGGCGUCGGCAAUGGAAAUUGACGAUGAAGAAAGUGAUUUACCAACUUCGAGUAGUAGUAAAGGAGAAAAAAAACGUUUUGAAGUAAAAAAGUGGAAUGCUGUGGCUCUAUGGGCAUGGGAUAUUGUAGUAGAUAAUUGCGCAAUCUGUCGUAAUCAUAUAAUGGAUUUAUGUAUUGAAUGCCAAGCAAAUCAAGCAUCAGCCACUAGUGAAGAAUGUACCGUAGCUUGGGGUGUAUGCAAUCAUGCAUUCCAUUUCCAUUGCAUCUCACGUUGGUUGAAGACUCGACAAGUUUGUCCACUUGAUAAUCGAGAGUGGGAGUUCCAAAAAUACGGUCAUUAGCUGAGUGUGUUCAACUACCACAGAUAUCCGAACCCUCCAGAAUGCCAAAGCCGAUGCAAGUUUAAGUAUAUGUGUGAAUAAAAGACAAGUAAAUAAUUUGUUGUGACAUUAUCAUUAAAAAAAAUCGGUGGCAUAUCUAUGAGCGUCUUUGCAGCACUUCAGAUGAGGAAAAUAAAGUAAAAAUUCGCUUGAAACACAAUGUGAUUAAGACAUUAUUGCACCAGUACUAUCAAGUUUAUAAUGGUAUAUAUAUUGAGUUGGAUCAGCAGAAAAACUAUAAACUAUUGAAAGUUUCUUAUCUUGUCGGUUAUGCAUUAUAUAACAAUGUAAUUCUUAGUCUUAAGGACUUAAAUAAAGAAAUAUCAUGAAAUAAUAAUA